UCAUGCGUUAUAAGUUUUCUUCUUGGUCAACAAAUGAAAUUUAUGAAUUUAGCUAAUUUGUUUACCUUUUUAGAAAAUGGACGUGGAAAAUAAAUUGAAAGAAUUAUAAGCAAAUCAAAGCAACUUUUCUUUGAUUUUUUCCGGUUUAUUGUUUGUUCUACAGACAUUGUUACUAGUUUUGAAAUAGGGACCAUUAAUUGUAGUAAUGUUGUCACUGGUCAUUAGUUGUGAUUUAUUUUUGUUUAUAUCUCGUUUGUCGUACUAUAAUUACGGGCAGUAUCGAUCGUAGUUCUCUAUACACAGUGCAACUGUGAACAUUGAAGCAGGUGUUUUAAAAUUGUAUUUGUUAAUAAACAGAAAUUCAUGUGAUACAGAGCAUAAUUUAUAUUGAAAAAAAUAAAUAAAUAAGCAUUAAUAAUUUGCAAAAAAUAAAAAUGAUUAAGCUCAAUGCAUUAUUUAUUGUGAUUUCUAUAUUAGUAAUUCAUGACGGCAAUACAUUCAAUUUAUCACUUAAACCAAACAUCAUCUUGCGUGAGCCAAAUGUAGCAGGCGUUGGAAUACCAAAAGUGCGUAGCUCAUAUUUUGGCCUUUCUUUAAAUCUCAAACAAAACAGUAUUUUAGUUGGUGCUCCACGAGCUCAAUCAACAUUAGAAACGCAACGGAAUAUAAACGAAACAGGCGCCAUUUAUAAAUGUAGUUUUAAUAAAUCGGCAAGUGGAAACUGCUCACCAUUUGUUUUCGAUGCGUUAGAUAAUUAUGAUGAAAGCAAUGAUCAAUAUACGUUUAACAAUGAAAAGAAAGACUAUCAAUGGCUCGGAGCAUCGAUGGAUGGCAGUGCAAGUGAUACUGAGAAAUUUGUGGUAUGUGCUCCGCGUCUAAUUUCAGAUCAAUCAUUCAAAAAUUCGCAUUAUUUAAUGCAUGGUAUAUGUUUUUGGACGUCAAAUACAUCAUCUAGUGAACCUUUAAAUGUAAGGCGAAUAGCACCGCUUCGUUUUCGUGCCAAACAACAAUUCAAGCGAAAUGAGGAUGACACUUAUUUUUAUUAUAUAUAUGGGGAACAAGGCGUCAAUGUGCAUAUUACUGAAAAUAAUGAAGAGAUUUUAAUCGGGGCACCAGGAAUAUUCGGUUGGAAAGGUUCAGUUAUUCGUUACAAAAUCAAGCCAUUAGUUGAUGUCGGUGGAUUGAGCCGUAGAAAAAGACAAAUUGAUUUAGAUACAGCUGAGUACGGCAGCGACAUUCCGAACCCAAUGUUAUUCAAUCAAGAAUAUGAUUCAUACUUUGGUUUUGCUGUAGCAUCGGGUUAUUUCGAUAGUGCCGAAAAAUCAAAGCUACUUUAUGUGGCCAGCGCACCAAGAGCGAAUUUACAAUUUGGUGGUGUUUACAUUUUUGACAUAAUUGAUUACAGUGAUAAUUUCACUACUUCUGAAAGAAGCAUUAAAAUUUAUCAAACAUUUUCGGGUCAACAAUUUGGAGAAUAUUUUGGAUACAGUCUUCUCACCGAAGAUUUCGAUAAUGAUGGUCUUACUGAUGUUGCCAUUGGAGCACCCUCAAACUCAAAAACGGGAUAUCAUGAAAACGGUGCUGUUUACAUCUAUAAAAAUUUGGGAAAUUCAAUGAAUUUUUCAUUACAUGCCAUUUUGCGCACGGAAUAUGAAUUUAAUGGAAAAUUUGGCAUGACUAUGUCCAAAAUUGGCGAUAUAAAUCAAGAUGGCUACAAAGAUCUAAUUAUUGGCUCACCAUUCGAAGAAAAUGGCGUUGUUUAUAUUUAUCAUGGUAGUUCAAAUGGUCUAUCAACCAAAUACAGUCAAAGAAUAAUUUCUCCACAAGGUGGUUCAUCACUAAAUCAAAUUAUGUUUGGACAUGGACUAUCAAAAGGGGCUGAUAUCGAUGGAAAUCAAUAUUUGGACAUUGCAAUCGGUGCACCGAAUGCAGAAGCCGUUUACAUCUACAAGGCUUAUCCUGUAAUCCAAAUUAAUACUACAAUCACGCCAAUUAGUCAAGAGAUUCAAAUCACCGACAAAUCAUUCAAAUUCAACGUGUGUUGGCUAUACGAAUCAACAUUCCCCAUUAAUUUCGAUGUACAUUUUAUUGCUACUGUCAAACUUGACGGACAAUUAGGCCGUGCCGUUUUUCAAGAUAGAAAAAACGAGUAUGAAAUUAAUAGCAAAAUCACGUCGGACGAACAGUGCAUUAUGCUGGAGGCGUUUAUUACUUUUUCUUUUGCUGAUAUCUUUCGACCUAUCGAACUUGAAAUGACCCAUCAUGUGAUAAAUAACAUACCAAACAGUGACAACACUGAACCAAGUGAAACACAAGAGUUCUGUGAAACAUGCGUUGCAGUGAAUCCAAACGAACAAAAAAAUGUCAAAAACAAAAUUGUUUUCAAUACUGGUUGCAAAAAUGCUCGUUGUACGGCUGAUUUGAAAAUACGAAGCUCAUUAGAAAAUGUGCAAAGUUUACCGUACAUUUUGGGAAGUGGUUCGUCUUUGAUCAUUGUAUAUAACAUUGAAAAUAGAGGUGAGACUGCUUAUCUAUCGCAAAUUCGUAUCAAAUUACCAGAUUUGGAAGUUCCAUUCACAAAAACCCCAUCGAAUUGUAAAUUUUCCGAAGCUACAUCGAAGUCAAAUGUUAUGGAAUGUGAUCUUAAAUCCCCAAUGUUUAAAGGGGAUAAGACAUCAAUUAAAAUAAGUAUUGACACAACCAUGCUUAAUCGUGAUGAACUAGUUAUUAAAGCCAAUGUGUUUAGUACGGGAGACGAACUAAAUGAAAUUGACAACGAAGAUGAACAUAUCAUUCGUUUGGCAAAAUUUAGUGAUUUGGAAAUAUUUGGCCAUUCCACUGAAAAUCAUCUUAUACUACAAAAAGACAUCGAACGAAUGAAUAUUUCACACAUAUUUGAGAUUCGUAAUAAUGGUCCCAGCAAUAUCAAUCAAUUGGACAUGUUGGUGUUGGUGCCUUUAUCUCAUUACAAUUCACUGACGCUUAAGAGAGAAAAUCUCAUUGAUAUCAAUAGCAUAUCGAUUCAGAAAACCAAUAAUCAAAGUCAGAGUCCAAAUGAUGGUCAGAAAUUGAAUAUCGAAACAUCAUUGUUAAAUAUUGGUUCUGAAAUUAUGGAAAAACACGAUUUGGACAUAGUCAAUCGACAAGCUUUGACAAAAGAUUUCACAGAAGGCCGAACGCGCACAUCUGUUGAAAAUACAGAUAAAAAUCGUAGUAUAAAUGAUCAGAUUUUAUCAAUUUUACCUUCAAAUCGAACAGUUUAUUUCGAUUGUGAAGAUAAAGACCAAAAUUGUCUAUUGGGAAGGUUUACAUUAACAAAUGUUAAAGCAAGCAAUACACCAAUUUUUAUUUCGAUAAAUUUCACGAUUAAUAUGAUAAAAGUGGCCAGCAUUUUAUCUGGGAAACGUGACAUUUUUGUGAUUCGAACAGCACUUGAACCUGAGCUUACCUUUAGCAAAGGAUCCAAUAUCCAGGUUGUUAAAAAUCAACCGUAUUUAGUUAUAUCCAAAUAUAACGACAAUUCAACCCCAUUCUGGAUUUUUAUGGCUUCGAUAAUUUGUGGCAUUUUAUUUCUUAUUCUUGCCUCGUACGCAUUAUUCAAGUUUGGAUUCUUCCAACGUGGCAAAAGAGAUGAAUUGGCAAAAUUAAAACGACAGAGUGAAAUGUUAUCUUAUUGGGUAGUCCCGGGUGAUGAAGAAUAUUGUGAUUAAGGAUUGAUGACCGUAAAAUCUACAAUAUAAAAAGAUUUUAUGCCAAUAUAGUGAAUAAAAUAGCGUGUUUUAUAUAAUUACAUACAUUUAUUGAAU